GUAAUUGUGUUGACAAAAGUGAAGAGAAGUUUAUUGGCUUGAAGAGCCAUGAUUGUCAUGUAAUGAUGCAGCGCCUCCUUCCUUUUGCGUUUUUCGCACUAUUGCCACGAAAUGUCCACGAAGCAAUCGCAAGGAUAAGUGCUUUCUUCCGUGAUUUAUGCUCGAGAUCACUCACAUCAGAUGGUAUCCGCAAUUUGGAAGUUAAAAUACCGGUGAUCCUAUGCAACCUCGAGAAGAUAUUUCCUCCAUCAUUUUUUGAUGUUAUGGAGCAUCUUGCUAUUCAUCUUGCGAGAGAAGCGGCACUCGGUGGUCCCGUGCAGUACAGGUGGAUGUAUUUGUACGAACGGUUUAUGUUUCAUCUGAAGAAGAAGGUCAAGAAUUUAAGCAAGGUGGAGGGAUCAAUAGUGGCUCAGUGCAUCAAUGAGGAAACCUCAAACUUUGCUGAAUACUACUUUCCAUCAGAAGUUCGAACAAAAAGUCGAAGACCUGCACGGCAUGAUGAUAGAGGUGAAAGGGCAACUUAUUAUGUUUAUGUGCCAAACAUGUUUACACAAAUUGGACGACAUAGUGGAAAGUCAACGGACCGGAUACUUACCGUAGCUGAGCAUGCUCAUUUGCACACAUAUUUGCUUACAAACUGCGAAGACAUUCUUGAAUAUGAGAGUAUUUACUUGGCAGAGAUGCGCUUAAAGUACCCGGAUGCGACAGAAGAACAACUCGAACAACUCAAGCAAAACAACUUUGCAACAUGGCUUUCUGAUUAUGUAAGCCAUUGUUUAGCUACUGGGAACCCACCUAAAGAUUGGUUACGUGAGAUAGUUUGUGGUCCAAAGUUUGUUGCAAAGUCAUAUCCGAGAUAUUGCACACGAGGAUAUGCAUUCAGAGUUCUUAAGGAAAAUACUGUAAGGAGAACAAUUGAUUGUGGGGUUUCUUCGUCAUCCGGAGACGAUGUCUACUACGGUAACGUACGCGAGAUUUUGGAAAUUCAGUACCCGGGAAUGAUUGGCAUGAGAUGUAUUGUCUUCAACUGUGAGUGGUACGACAACGUUGUUGGUCGCGGAGUAAGCACUGACGCAUUCGGUGUUACAUCUGUACAUUCGCGACGACGACUGGAUUUUUACGAUCCAUUCAUUCUUGCUUCACAAGCUGACCAGGUUUGCUAUAUUCGUUAUCCGCGGAUUAGGCAAAGGAACGAUCCUUGGAUCGUUGUCAUGUCAAUAAAUCCCAGAAGCCGAGUACAAGGAGUAUUUGAUCCACUACAACAACAAUUAACCGAAGAGGACGGCGAGAUUGGAGAGUUUGACGAAGACAAUUCAGAUUCAUCAUGUUCAUCAUCAGAUAAUUCCUCAGAUGGAGAGUAGAUACUCUUUUAUGAAUGUAUAUGCAAAUUACUUUUAAACAUUGUAGAUUUCUUCUAAAAACAAAUUAUGGGUUUGAA